UGGAGUUCCAGACGCAUCUGAAAACAAGGCUAGCUAACGUUAUUAACUAUUGUAAACAAAAAUAUUUGUACGAGCUUCUGUUUACUAAUGUUUUGGUAYAUUUAACCACAAACUAAAAACUUUGAUAUAUGGUAAGCUAACCACCGGCUAACGUUUACUCACUGCGCGUGGCGAAGUAAACUAAACUGCACGUGAAUCACUUCUGUUUUACUCUGAAGAGGGAUGUUGCGGCGACCAAAACCCACAGACUCUGAGGAGGACCUCCUGAAGGAGCAGGAGCGUUUCCUGACCUCUGGUUCUCCUGCUGCUGCCAGCGUGGUCCGCCGCCCUGACAAGAGGAGAGGAGAGGCUGGAGGUGGGCAGAAUGGGAAGGAUGAAGCGAACCAGAAGGAUGUGGUCACCAUAGAAGAUCUUCCAGACGAGAUGCCCUCUCUGACUCCAGCUCCUCCUAAGAAGUCGCGCUUCAAGGCCAGCKGUGUGACGUUUGAGGACGAAGACGCUGAAGACAGGCUGGACAAACAUGACUCUCACAUCAGUGCCGUCCUCUCCAGGAUCGUUGAGAGAGACACCAGCUGUGCUCCCAUAUCCCUGCCUGUGUUUACAGGCCUGGCUUUCCCCAAAGUGCAGCACCGCUCAGAAACCAGCAGUCAGGCGCCAUCGUCGUCGGUUAAAGGGAAGAAAAGCAUCUUUGCUCAGCAGAUUGCCGCUCAGAGACUGAAGGAGGGAAAGAUGGUUUUACCUCGCUCCUSUGAAGCUCCUCAGAAACCUGAGACCAAACAGCCGAGCCCCUCAGCAGAACCCGGUCCCAGGUUGGUUUCAGGUGAGGGGCUUCAGGGUCCAGAUAGCUCGGUGGAGACCAUGAAGAUCCACUUGGAGAACCAGAACAAGCUCCGAGCGAUGUCCCAGGCUGAGAUAGAGGAGGAGCGAAGGAAACUCGUGUCUCAGCUCGAUCCCAAACUGUUGGAGUUCAUUAGAGCUCGCAAAGCUCAGGGCGCUCCCUCCUCUGGAGCUUCACGCCUGGCGGAUGGAGGAGACCAGGAGGCUGCUCCUGUCGAAGCUGCAGACGGUGAAAGCUGCUCCAGCCUGAUGCAGCAGGAGGUGGAGACGGAGGAGGAGGAGGAACCAUCUCCUGCAGUGAGCCUGGAGGAUCUUCCAGUGAAGCCUCAGAAGGACUGGGUCCACAUGGACCAGCUGGAGCRGGAGAAGCUGCAGUGGAUGAGAGACUUGCCUUCACCCCGAAAGAAAGGAACCAAGAAGGCCAUGCAGGCUCGAUUUGACUUUGCAGGGACCUUAAUUCCACCAGACGAGGACCUYCCGACCCAUUUAGGUCUGCACCACCACGGAGAGGAGCCUGAGAGAGCAGGGUACUCCCUGCAGGAACUCUUCCUGCUGUCUCGGAGUCAACUCAUCCAGCAGAGAAGUUUGGCUCUGAGCACACUAGCCAACAUCCUCUCCAAGGCUCGGGCUGGACGGUACCAGUCGGUUCUGAAAGGCAGCGUGACGUCCACGCUGCUGGACGCCGGCCUGCUCUUCCUGCUCCGCUUCGCUCUGGACGACAGCGUGGAGGGAGUGAUGUCUGCAGCCGUGCACGCACUCAAAGCCCUCCUCGUGUGCCAUGAAGAUGAAGAGUGUUUGGACUCCACCUUCUCCUGGUUUCGAGGGAUGGCCUCUUUCCCCAUGCUGCCUUCGUGUCAAGAGGAUGAGGAUGACGAGGACGAAGGGCUGGAUGAAGUCAUGAAGGAGACCGCCAAGGAAAAGGAAGAGAAGAAGAGUGAUCACGACYUCAGCAGGCAGGAUGUCGUUAAGGGUCUGCUGAAGAUGAAGCUCCUCCCCAGGCUGCGCUACAUCCUCGAGGUCYUCCGACCGUCGCCCCGCGUGGUUCAGGACAUCCUGCAGGUCCUGACUCGGAUCGCCCGACACUCCUCCUCAUCCUCCACUCAGGUGCUGGACUGUCCUCGACUGAUGGACACGGUGAUGUCAGAGUUCCUCCCCACGUCCUGGACGUCGUCGCUCAGUCCCCAGUCUGUUUACGGACACCCGCUGACCUGCGCCAUGAAGCUACUGAGGGUUAUAGCCACCUCUGGCAGACAUGCCUGCGCCAGACUGUUGAACUCUCUGGGAGUGAAGGAGCGUUUGUUGUGCCUCCUGAGCGCAGAGCCCAGCGACCUGCUGCUGGAGCAGAGCGAGGCCCUCGGGGUCACCACAGAGGCCUACAGGCUGUGGGCUGUAGCAGCCGGCUACGGUCAGGCCUGCAGCUUGUACAUAGACCUGUAUCCAGCCUUAGUCAGGARGCUCCAGUCUGUCCACAGCCUCCUGGCAUCCUCAGAUCCUCUUCAGAUCCAUCGUUGGUCCGCUCUGGUCUCUCUGCUCACGCAGGUGACUCACACGGCRGGGUGUCACCAGGAGCUCCAGGCCGGAGCGCUCAGCACUCAGGGAGAAGAUGCCCCUCCUCCACCCCCCGUGUCCUGGAGUCAGGUCACUGGUUUACCGGCGUCCUUGUUGGGACACUUGAAAGGUUUUGUUAAGAACCUGGACGAUCCAGUUCAGAAAGACAACAGCCUCGCUCUGAUUCCCGUUUAUCUGGUUUACUUCCAGACCUUCUACCACCAACUCUCCAGACAGCGCUCCUUUAAGCCGGUCGAGACGCUACAAGAACUGGAGCUUCUGACGUCUGAGGUUCUUCUCCCCCUCCUGGGUCACAGUGUGGUUCAGGACCUGAUGAAGAACYUCAGGUCCUCCUCAGUGGUUUGUAAUGUUCACUUUAGUGCUCUGGGUCCAGAGUCGACUCCCAGCCUUCCUGGUUUAUCCUGUGCAGGAUGGAGGAACUGUCCUGGUCUUGUUGUCUCCAGCUACCCRUUCCCGUUUCUAACAGGACUGGGGCUCCUCUUGAAAACCAUCACAGAGAUCCAUAAAGGUCUCAGCAGUCAGUUCUCCGGCCUCCUGCUGUCCGAGCCUGUGAUUGGUUACRUGCGAAGCUGCAGUCAUGCCACGCCCACUCUGUCUCACAGCAGGGCCUGGCUCCUUCGCCACGAGCACCACCUCCUGUACCUGCUGGUCCGGCUCGCUCAGAGACUGGUUCCUGUUGAGCCAGAAGUGGCAAAGUAUUCUUCACUUUACCACCAGGUGGCGCUGGUGCUCCUUCCCUGGUUACUUCCAGGCAGUGAAUAUCUGGCUCAUGAACUGCUCUCCACUGUUAUCUUCAACAAGGACUUUAUAUCGGAGGGACACAGCGGAGGCCCKGAGGCCGUGGAGCUGGAGGAGUUGAAGCUGCAGGAGAACCCGGCCCUCCACGCCUCUCCCCGGCUCCAGACAAUGGGCGCCCUCCUGAGAGAAGCCUARGCCCAGCUGCCCUCCAUACGGGGCUGCUUCCUCACCCACCUGGCCCACCUGGAGCCCUCCGUGCUCACGUCUCGAGACGCCUUCCAGGGCCGCAGCCCGUGGAUCGGCUCCCAUCUCCUCCCAGAGCUCYUGGGUCCUGCGGUACCCUCCGACUGGCCGUUCCUGCCACUCAUCAGCCUGUACGAGCGCACGGGGGUGUCUGCAGGUGGAGGCCUGGCUGUGGAGGAGCUUCCUGCUGGAGCUCUGCAGGCCGUGACGCACUGUCUGCAGUGGCUGCUGCUGCUGGAGGUGUGGAGGGAGGAAGCUCUGAAGGUCAUCCCACCUGUGGCUAAGCUAGCCCGCCUCUUCUGUGUGUUCCUGUGUUCCAGUAACCUGUUCCUGGAGAAACCAGUUCAGAAACUGACCUGGGGACUCUUCAGACUGCUGACCAGGGAGUCCAAGCUGGACUUGUUAGACCUGGACGUGCCCCCUCCAGGCCUCGCCUCCUUCCAGGACUUGUACACGGCCCUUCUGACGCAGUACGAGGCCGUGUCUUUUGGAGACCAGCUCUUCGGCUGUCUGGUGCUGCUGCCCCUGCAGAGGAGGUACAGCCCCUCCAUGAGGCUGGCUGUGUUUGGAGAACACGUGGGUCUGCUCAGGUCCCUGGGGGUCUCUCUGGAACAGCUGUCCGUCCCCAUCGAGCGGUUCACCUCCCCGCCGGAGGACUCCCUGCCCCUGCUGCAGCUUUACCUCCGCUCUUUAGUGACGGGGACCCUGAGGUCCUCCUGGUGUCCCGUCUUAUACGUGGUGGCCCUGGCUCACGUCAACGCCUUCGUCUUCUCUCAGGACGCUGCAGCACAGGAGGUGGAAGCUGCUCGUCAGUGUAUGUUGAGGAGAAUCUACCACCUGACUGAUGAGGUGUUGAGGAACCACUUGCUCCUUUUCCGCCUGCCUCAGCAGCAGCUACGGCUCGGCUUCGACACGUACGAGCAGCUGCCCCCCAUCAGGGCCAAGCGCUUGGAGAGCAUCUUUCGUCUGCAGGACCGCAGAGGCGACAAGGGAGACUAAAAGACAAGAAAAACAUCACYAAGGCAGCAGAGCGAGACGCCAGCCCUGAGACACGUCUUAAAGGAGGUGGAAGGACUCAAAAUGGUUUCAAAUCCGAGCUGGACUUGGCCAGUUGUGCAGAUAAUUUAGAUAACCUCAGAGUAAUGAAGACCAGAUGAGGCCCGGUUUGGUCCUGCAGCAUUUGUUUUACUGUGGAGUUUUUGAACUCGGGACAGUCUGUGUAAAUAAAACAAAACUGACWUGACAA